AUGGUGGCCAUAGUAAGGUAUAUACCCAAAAGCUCGUUAUGGUUGUGCCCAGUAUUUUUGAUCGGAUCGGACUUUGUCACAAGUUUGUAUGGCAACGAGAAAGGACAAGCUAGUGUGAAAGGACAUGCGAGCUACAAGACCAGGAAACUAGCAUCGUCGCGUCGUAAAAAUGAGCGAAGGCAUGACGGGGGCAAGAAUAAAGAGAUUCUGCACAGAAUUAGUGAAUUCAACUGA